CCAAAGCUUGUGCCUCGAACGCCGCUUUCGAGAAGAGUAGCGUAGCUUUCGGGGACGCACCUGCGCAUGGGGCCAUGGGCUGUGGUAGAGUUACUCGUACCUGUUCGCAGCGCAAGGCAGGCCAUACAUAACUUUCCCGAUAUUUGGGUUUUGACAACACCACCACCCACAGUAUUUCUCAACCUUCCCUCUGCUUUGCUCUAAGCGAUUCGCCAGUCGAAUCACCUACCACGGACGACGCGCUCCUGCCCAGUUUGGGGGAACCUGUACGACCCACGACUGUUUGAAAGGCUCCGGUGGCUGCCGUUGCAACCCUGGGCUUUGGCACCGCACCGUCACCCAACACUUUGGCUGGAGGAUUGGGGUUUGAGCGCAUAUCUGUCGAGGCGCUUGGAGAUAGCCGGGGGACUAGUACUGGAAAGGAAGGGAAGAGGAAUAAGAAGGGGAUAUUGGAAAGGGAAGGCGACGGAGGAAGCAGAUAGCAACCGGCAGAGGUACGACUUGAUCAUCUCGCAUAGUCCACAGGGUUGGGCUUCCAGGAGGACAGUGACAGUGACCGUGACAGUGGUGGAUACGAAUAUCAACACUGAGCCUCGCGCCUCAACGGCACCUUCUAGCGCUGCUUUGCGCCUUCUACGUCUGACCUCCCAACUAGUCACUGACUCUUUAGAAUAGGUUUUCUCUUCUGCCUCUAUUGCUGAGGUGUAGGGUUAGGCUUAGGCUUAGGCUGAGGGUGCUCCCCAUCGCAUCGCAUUGUAUUGCGGUUGAGUGGUGGUCUCUUUGCUGUCUCGCUGCGCUGCACGGUUAUUCCGUUGCACAUCUGUACCCGUGCUCUUCUAGGUACGAACCGGUACUAUAUCCAUAGCAUAGCAUAGCGUAUCCAUAGCGAGCGAUCCUCCCGUAGGAACAAGAAGACCCGAUCCCGUUGCUCAUACCCAUCACCGUCCAGCACCUUCGUCAGCAUCGCGUGCGCCGACUCCACGGUAAGGAAGGGCUCAGCGCAUCGAGAAUUGUCAUUGUCGGGUUGACUGAAGAUUGAAUAUUGCGCAAGCGACAGAAAGGACCCAAGACGUGACUCUGUUACUCUCGGCACCAGCAAGGCAAGACACUCAUGCAGCAGCAGCAGCAGCACAUUCUCGGGAGUUCUACUGUAUGGUUGCAUCGGGUGCAUGAGCUCGCUGCCACGGCCAGCACCACCAGCCUGAGCAUCAGUACCUAGCAGAAAGCAAAAGCGCCAGGGGAUAAGGGUAGGAUAGGGAUAGCAUAGGGAUAGGGAUAAAGUAGGGAUAGGGAUAAAGUAGGGAUCACUCCACACCACCACCUGGCUGCCACUGCCACUGCCAUUGCCAUUGCCAUUGCCAUUGCCAUCGCAGUGCAGGUGCAGGCGCAGGUGCAGGAUUGCAAUAUGUCCACCGAGCUUCCUCACCGUCGUCAACUCCAACAAUCCCCCAACAUCGUGGUGCGAGACCCGCGUACGGCAUCCACUUCCAGAGGUCCCUCUCCCCAUCUCGGGGUCCGCAGCAACGGGCAGGCUGGUCCCUCGAAUUCGGCUGCUCCACAGAAUGCCUCUCGACAUCAAGUCCCCUCAGCAUCUGCCUCCCCUGAAUCUCCCCACACGAACUCGAUCGCGAACUCCAACGCCUAUGCCCACCGCCGCUCCACCAGUCUCUCGGGCACAAUCCAGGGUGUGGGGAACCUCAAUCGCUGGUCCAAAUCGACCGUCUCUAGCGGCAGUACGCACUCGUCCCAUCAGCGACCUUCUUCCUCAACGCGCCGCAUGUCGAUAUCAGGGUCGACAACCUUCCUUCUAGGUGCCGAUCCCACCACCGACAAACGAGCUCCCGCGCCAGCGCCAGCUCCAGCUUCAGCAUACAGUUCUCCAAAGAGAGCUUAUGGGAAUUCCUCAACGUUGCCGCCAAUUGUAACACUGCCGAAUGCACAGGGGUCUAUGAGAAACGCUUCGUCCCCAUCUGGUAGGCCUAGCUCCCCUUCUCCCUCAACCGCAGGACUGUUGUCGGCCGCGGUGCGAACGACAGUGCCAGACUAUUUUGGGAAGGCUUGGGAGGAUUCAACACCACGAGCGUUUAGCGCUUCUCCCUCCAAUACCACCGACCAGAAGGAAGGAGGACCACGGGAGAAAGAAGAACGGCGCAGGCCAAGGGGUCAUUCACGGCAUCGUUCUCAGGCUCAGAAGGGCAGUACGAGCACUGGUGGUUCAGGUAGAAACUCCAAGGGUUCAUCACAAAAAGCCAUGCUCUCCAAGGCCCUGCAGAAGGCUAAUACUGCAGUACUUCUGGACAAUGCGCAAAAUUUCGAGGGCGCCAUGCAGGCGUAUUCAGAGGCAUGUGCAUUAUUACAACAGGUUAUGUCUAGGAGCUCGGGGGAUGAGGACAAAAGGAAGCUGGAAGCAAUUGUGAGUUGUGUGGUGUUGCUCGCACUGUUCGCUCAAACUAACACCUCUAGCGCAACACCUAUACUAGUCGAAUAAAUGAGCUACGGAGGAUUACCCCUCAAAUACAGGACGAGGGAAAAGCAUUACCCCAACGACCUGAAAGCGGAGGCUAUGCCCAAAGUGAAUUCCAUCCACCCACCGACGAUGAGGAGAUCCCAAUUAUAGAGACGGCGACUGUUACGCGAAUCGUAAAUGAUCAUUCAUACACUGCAGGUCCCCAGGGCUUGCGAUCGAUACCGAACUCGCAACUCCCGAUUCGAAGAGAGUCACUUAUACCAUCCGCUUUUGAAGGGAGCCAGUACUCGGGAAGGUACGGGUUGGACCCCCCUUUCGAGCGGUCGCAGUCCAAAUCGCCAGCGUUGAGGGAUCGCGUAAGGGAAAUGGACAUGGAAUUGCCACCGGCGAUGGAUAGCAUAUAUAUGCCACCACCGUUAUCGCCGCGCCGUCUUGGCUCUCCUUUAACAUACGGAUCUCCAAAUAGUUCUCGUCCUCGACAGCCGCCUUCAGAUCUAUAUAAAACCAGUAACUCCUCUAGUAACUCUAAUAAAGUGCCAAGCAAAGGCCAUACCAGGGCACCUAGUAACGAAUCCAUGUCAUGGCUAGAUACCAUUGAUGAAUCUGGGGGAUCAGCCGCUUCUUCAGUCCACUCAAGAACAUCUUCAAGGGUUAGAAGGAAACGUAUUCGUGCAGCUAGCGGUGCCACAGAAGCCGAAUUUGACGCGGCGUUGGAUGCAGCUGUCGAAGCAGCUUACGAUGACGGACUGGAGCCUGCGGAUAGUGGAAAUCCCUAUGACUACGACGACGAUGUGGACGAUGAUGGGGAUGACGAUGCUAUCGUGGCCAGUGUUCGUCGGAGAGUGCAGAUGGCCAAGGAGAAAGUUCGCCAAACCGAACGAGAAGCCUCUAUCAUGCGUGCUCGCGCGCGAGAACGGAAACGAUUGCUGAGCCAGAACUCGCAAAGGAAUAUUGAGAACGAGUAUGGCGAUGAAUCUGAAGAAGAAGAGCGGUUGCUAGAAGAGAUGACGAGAGAAUAUGCUAUGGAUGAUUUUGAGUUUGGCUUACAAUCAAAGUCUGCCCUGCCUCGUGAAUCCGAUUCCAGUGGGUUUUCAGGGAGAACCUCUGGGUGGAAUAGUUCCAUUGGGUCAAAUCCAACGACAGCUGGGACUUCGCUUUCCACGGUUACAGAAACAUCAUUUGUUCCUCAUAUGCCAUCGCUCCAUUACAAAACGUCAUCUAAUCCCCCGCCUCCGGGUGCCCUUCCUCCACCACCUCCCACUCCCCCCAAUCAAGGGGUACGGAGUAGAAGGCUAUCUGGACAAAAUGCAAAGCAAUUGAAAAUUGAAACAGCGCAAUCACCUGCUAAGUCAGCGCCACGUAUACCAGAUAAUGGUGUAGCUAUUCACCCAAAGACUUCUGCUUUCCCACCUCGGCAGCCUUUAUCAGCUAGCCGACCUCCUCUUACCAUCUCAAAUCGACUACCUUCAUCUACUUUCUCUACACUAGGACCAUCUGAUCCCGCCCUUCCUCCAACACCUACUCUAACGCAAUCAAUCUCGGAUGAGCUUGAGAAUGGAGUACCUCAUUCCGGCUCGCCUGGUCGUACUCAUUCAAGGACUGGUCUACGCAAGAACUUCUCCUCCACUAGCCUGAAAAACAUGAAGGGAAAUAGUUUGGGUGUCUCAUAUCUGGACGAUGGGUCUGAGGUUUCACCAAAUACGCCCGGAAGCGCCAUGUUUACGGCCAGAGAUGCGAAUGGACGGAUACCUGCACUUCCAGUCAUGCCAACUCCGCUAGGGACUGCGUUCAAGGAAAAAGUGAAUGGAACAUCUGGAGGCCUGUACCUUUUCGCGAGCGAUAUACAGUCGCCCGAUAGCCCUAGAUCCCCAAAUCCUAUCGGCGCAGUUGCGAGCGCAAACGCUCCAAUCCCUCUCGAACCUUGCCCCACAGAAUCUUUACUGCGACCUUUCUGGCUCAUGCGGGCCUUGUACCAAACAAUUGCACAUCCUCGAGGAGGGUAUCUCUCUACUAAACUAUUUGUCCCACGCGAUGUUUGGAGGGUGAAAGGUGUCAAGCUAAAAGGUGUCGAGGAUAAGAUUGCAAAUUGCGAUUUCUUGACGGCUGCUCUAAUGAAAUUGUCACGGGUUGAUACAUUUGACGCUGAUGCGGUAUUGGAAGAAAUGCAAUCCUUGGAAGGUGUUCUGGAACAAGUUCAGACAACUCUGACGAAGAAACUCGGGAAUGAGGUCGGUAUGGGAUACGGUAGCGUGUUCAAAGAUACGAAUGGUGUCGAAGCUGAGAGUACGGCAUCCAAAGCUGCAAGCAGCUCAAGCAAAUCAUCAUCAUUUUCUUGGCGCAGAUUGCGAUCGAAAGGUUCCUCAGCUCAACUUUCCGGCUCGUCUUCAAAGCAGCAGUCUAUACCAGAUUUGCCCAAGGAAAAUACUGUCAUGGGCACAUUACCCAUGACGACCACGUCGUUGGCCAAGGUUCGUUUUGCCAAGAGAGAUCUCACCGAGGUGCAUUUUUCCGGACCAAAUGCACAGUAUAUGAGUUCAUUAGCGAGACUGUUCGAUGCUGCGCAAGCUAUUGGUAAGUUUUGUAUGACGUUUCUUUGAACGAUAACUAAUUGGGAUUUCAGAUCAAAUUGCUCGCCAGGUCGAAGAUCCGGGGUUGCGUCAUGCCGACAAGACUCAGGUCGGUCUCGAACUAUGUACUCGUCAUGCGGCUGAAUUUUUUGGCUUCUACAUCUGUCGGUUUGUGUUGAAUGAUAUCUCACUACUGUUGGACAAAUUCAUCAAGAGGGGAAGUGAGUGGGUUCUUGUCUGAAGAAGGAGAUGAAAUGAGGAUGGGAGAAAAGAUGUACAUGACGGAUGAAAGAUUUCUGAUUGUGGGGUUUCUUCUCGGAAGACUCCUAUUUUUGUUGUCACUUUUUUUUUUGGUGCUGGCGAGGAGAGCGGAGCGGAGCAACCAGAGCAAGAGCGCUCUUUUGGGUAUGCCAAAGAAAAAGGAAGAAAGAAUUGUUGUUUGUUGUUUGAUUUUUGAUCUUUUUUUUUUUAUUGAACUUUUUUUUAUUUUACCGAGGAGUGUGGAUUACCCUGGCGUGCGAUAUCAUACCUUUUUAUUUUCUUUGCUUUGCUUUUGUUAUUUUUCUCAUUUUUUCUUUACUUUUCUUUCCUUGAGGGCGAUGGCGGGGGCGAGGGUGAGGUUGAGGUUGAGGGUGUGGUGGGGAGAUUGUCACUUGGAGUAGCUACUGUAGCUAGGGGGCUUCUUAUAGGUUUAGCUAUAUCUAUAUCUAUAUUCUUGCGUGUGGAAUUGGGCUCAAAGAG